CAGAACAACUUAGUGAUCUUAUCAAGAUCUUAUCUUCUCUUGGACUGAUCAAACGAACAUCCAAAACAGGAACUCUAUAAACUCGUAUUUAUACUGACCGGAUCUUCACUGCAGCGCCACCAAAGAGAAAAGUAAAUAAUAUCGGGGGAAGAGAAACAUUAUUGGGUCCUCUGAAAGCGUGAUUUUGACAGCGCAGCAGCAGCACUCUAUUUGUGAAAGUGACUUUCAGGCAAUACGUCGCACAUCAUGGGAUCCACUGUGAGUGUGCUGGUGGCAGCAGGGGUGGUGACACUGUCAACAGUGGGCUUGGUUCUGGGAGUCUUUCUCCGGAGGAAGAAGAAGAGGAGCCCAAUCACACUGCUCGACCCCUCCUUCAAAUACCAGCUGAGGCUCAUCGACAAGGAGGUUCUCAGUCACGACACGCGCAGGUUUCGGUUUGCCCUGCCUUCUCCACAGCACAUACUAGGCCUCCCUGUUGGAAAACAUGUGUACCUGUCUGCCCGAAUCGAUGGAGACAUUGUUGUGCGUCCCUACACUCCGGUGUCCAGUGAUGAUGACAAGGGAUUCGUUGAUAUUGUCGUGAAGAUCUACUUCAGGGACGUCCACCCCAAGUUCCCCGAGGGGGGAAAGAUGUCCCAGUACCUGGAGAGCCUGCAGGUGGGAGAGACGGUGGACUUCAGAGGACCAGGAGGGCUGCUGGAGUACCUGGGCCACGGCCAGUUUUCAGUUCAGCCUGAUAAGAAGUCCGCAGGUGAGAUGAAGAUGGCGAAGUCGCUGGGCCUCAUCGCUGGAGGGACAGGUAUCACCCCCAUGCUGCAGCUGGUCCGGGCCAUCAUCAAGAACCCCACUGACAAGACUUGCUGCAGCCUCCUCUUUGCAAACCAGACGGAGAAGGACAUCCUGCUUCGUGAUGAACUGGAGGAGAUCGCAGCCAGGCACCCGGACCGCUUCCAGCUCUGGCUCACUGUGGACAAAGCCCCCGCAGACUGGGACUUCAGCCAGGGGUUCGUCAACGCCGACAUGAUCCAGGAGCACCUCCCUGGCCCCGGGGAGGAGAACCUGGUCCUGAUGUGCGGCCCCCCCCCCAUGAUCCAGUUCGCCUGCACCCCCAGCCUGGACGAGCUGGGCUAUCAGCAGAGCCAGCUCUUCGCCUUCUAGACCACGAGAACACUGCAUCUCCCACACUAAGGCCUUCUCCCCAUAUCGAGCAAUAAAAGGAAUACACUACCCUGCCUGUACUGCAUGCUGAACACCGCACACCCACAUCUGAGGGCUUCGGUGUCGGCUGAAGACUGCAGUGCCUUCGCUUUUGUGAAGUGCAGCUAUCAUAAGUGCUGACAAUUAAUGCAUUUUUGUUCACGAUAUUCAAAUACUCCUGAUACGUAAGCUAUCAUGUUGAUUUAAAAGAAAACUUGGCAAAAGUUUUAUUUAAUGUGUUCUCUGAAUGUAUUUUCUUACAGUUCUGUCUUGCGAUAGGGUAAGAUAUAUAUACAUAUUUACCGUGGCAUACAUUGUACGCUUGAUACAAAUGAGUAACUAGCAUUGAGGGUUCCUGCCUUGGCUUAAAUAAGCGUGCCAUUGAGUGUAGUUCUUUGGGUAUUGUACCACAAAAGCAUGCGCAGGCUUUCUCAGCUGUUUUUGAAUGAGGUAAUGCUGAAUUGCUGAAUUACAUUUCAGCAACAAUGCUUCAUUUUCUGCAUGGUUCAUCUGUAUCUAAUCAUAUGUGAUUGUUUACCCAUGCUUAGUCAAUGCAAGUGUAAUCCAGUAAAUUGUUUGCCUGAUGAA